UAUCUUAUGAUGCAGAGGAAGAGCAAAACAUAGAGUAUUAUUUUUAUCUGGAUCAUGCAAGUUCAGGGCAAAAGGAAUGGCCGCAAACGUAUCCGUCGACGGAAAUGCAUCUAACCUAUUUUGUUCCAAUACCUAAAAUCUACAUCAAUUGGUUGCAAUUAGUACAAGUUUUCCAACUUCAAAUAUGGAUUCCACUUUUACUUUCAAUCAUGGCUUUUAUUGUUUACUUUUGGGUUGAAAUGUUAGUAACCAGUUCACCUAUACAAAGUCCUAUAAUGACAGUUUAUGGAACAUUUUUAACACAAUCUUUGAGUUUUAAACAAGUUCCACGACGUUCAUCAUCCCGAAUGGUAUUUGCAUUAGCAUUAAUAGCUGUUGUCAAAUUUUCUUCGCUGUUUGCGACUGGAAUUGUUACACAAAUGGCAGUACCAAGAUACGAAGAUGGAAUUCGAACAGAAGAUGAAAUUGAGGAACACGGAUACUUAAAAGUCAGUUUCGCCGAUUUGUAUUCACACCAAGAUAUUACCGAUCCAAUUGAGAGAGAAAAAGUUAAAGACGCAAGAUACACAAAACUAAUGGAACAAUUAACACGUGGAGGUGCAAAGGCAAUUCAUCACUGGUUAAUGACAGAAUCAGGCCUUCUGGUUGAUAUUCCAAGACUAUUGUCGAGAAAACCCUCAAAAGCGCCUCACAAAUAAGUUAUACACAUUUUCACGCUCGAAGAAGUUCAUACGCCACGUUAAUCCCUCAACUUAACGACUUCAUUCUACAAUGCAAGGAGGCAGGAUUAUAUCACAAAUGGGAGUGGGAUAUGUACAUGAAAAUGUUCAACAUGUUCACCAUCUUGAAAUUUCUAGACGAUAACCUCCCCCCAAUCAAACCGAGAACUUUAAGUAUCAUACAAUUACAAGGACCAUUUUGGUUUUUAUUGAUUGGAAUCAUAA